AUGCUUCACGCAGAGGGGUUUCUGGAAAAAGGAAAUGAGGCUUAUUUGGCAACAAUCUCCAUGGUGGGAGAAAAGGCGGAAAAGGAUUUGGACACUAUACCAGUGGCAUCGGAGUACAAGGACGUAUUCGAAUCAUUGAGUGGACCGCCACCGACAAGAGGAGACCCGUUCACAAUAGAGUUGGAGCCGGGAACGACACCUGUAUCUAGAGCGCCAUAUCGUCUCGCACCCGCAGAAACGGCGGAGUUGAAAAAGCAGUUGGAGGAUUUGACGGAUAAAGGAUUCAUCCGUCCGAGCAGUUCACCGUGGGGUGCACCAGUUCUUUUUGUGAAGAAGAAAGAUGGCAGUUUCCGACUCUGUAUCGACUACCGCGGCCUGAACAAAGUUACUAUCAAGAAUAAGUAUCCGCUACCACGGAUUGACGAGCUGUUGGAUCAACUGCAAGGAGCGUCGUGGUUCUCAAAGAUCGAUUUGGUGUCUGGUUAUCAUCAAAUCACGAUAGCGGAAGAAGAUGUUCGGAAAACAGCUUUUCGAACCCGGUAUGGGCACUACGAGUUUGUGGUGAUGCCAUUUGAAUUGACUAAUGCGCCAGCAGCAUUUAUGACGUUGAUAAACAACGUGUUUUGGGAAUACUUGGAUAAGUGUGUAAUUGUCUUCAUUGAUGACAUAUUGAUCUACUCGAAGAGUAAGAAGGAGCACGAGUGGCAUCUGCGAGUUGUCCUGGACAAACUAAGAGAGCAGAAGUUGUAUGGAAAGCUGAGCAAGUGUAGUUUUUGGCAGAGAGAAAUUGGAUUUUUGGGUCAUAUUGUUUCGGAGGCCGGAGUGGCUGUGGAUCCCGAAAAGAUUACCGCCAUCUCAGAGUGGCCGACACCGAAGAAUGCCACAGAGAUUCGAAGUUUUCUUGGAUUGGCGGGUUAG